AUGCAGCGGUUAUGUCCGCCGCCACAUGCUGACCAGAGGCCGCUGACUCGUUUCUCGGAUGUUCGCACCUGUCGCGAUUGGAUUUUUGCAGUGACGCCCCAGCCGUCUGUACGCUUACUGAUGUGGCAUACGUCCGGAGUGGCCUUUCACUCUAUACUGUUGGGAGAGUACCUUCCAGAGGAUAUCAACUUCAUCACGCUGGCUGUGGCUAGAGAUCUGCUGGCAGUUGCACUUUGUGACGACCGCCACAGAAUCUGGGUCGUAUCCUUGGACCGUUACUUUGAAGCCUGUCCCAGAGGCAUGGAUUGGGAGCUCCUGAAGGAGCGGCAUCGCUGCACCGAAGGUGUGGGAGUGAUGGGGCAGACCAGCAAGCUGUACCAGGAGCUGACCGUGUACCCAGAGGCCUUCGGCCUUCGUGCUCAGGAAGGCAAACGUCAGUCAGAACCUGGCAUGCGACCGGCAUAUCCGACAGCUUCCGUGAUGGAUUGCCUUGUCGAGGGAGUGCCAACAUACGGCAUCUCCUUACCUGGAGGAGCAUACGGCAUUGGCGAUCACUUUCUUGACAACGCGGAUGCCAGAGGAGGGGAAGAUGAUCGGACAGUUGGCAUGACUGCCGGCAACUUCAGCCGAGACCUGGGAGCUCCACCGCAAGAUGGUGGAGUCACCCGAUGCAUGCCAUUUGCCUGGCAUGAGAGAAUCUUGCAGACGCGCGAUGAGUGGCUGGAGGUCGACAGGCCUCGGGCCUUCUUGCCCAUUGGUAGUCGCGGUGCCAGCUUGGCUGCAGCAGGGCCAAUUCUGCCCAAGCACGUCCUUACUGGAUUUAGUGUGCCAGCACAACACAGACUUGGUGAUGAUGACCUGAACUACAACCUCUGUGCAGCAGUACAUCGUCACGCCCAGCGUGAGUAUCAAAACCGUCUUCCGCCCUGGCUCGUCAGCAUUUCUUUGCCCCGAAGGGCAAAGCGGUUCAAUCCACCGCAGCUGGGUUCCAACGGAGUGGACACAGAAGAUAGCUCCGGCUCCGAUUUGGUCACAGACGACCGUGACCAGGAUGGGAGCGACACUUGUGAUGAUGAUGGCUCCCUGGAGGAGCGGCAUCAGCGAGCUUCUUUGGAGGCCUUGCGUCAAGAACUACAGCGAGGUGGCAUCAAAGGUUCACAUCCUAAACGCGCACGUCGCAGAGUGAGACCUGGUCACAUCGAGCUAGCCGUUGCCUCGUCGCACGUCUUCUGCGAAAUUUGGAAGUCCACAACAGGUUCAGCCAGCGGUGUUGAAAGCAAGCCACCGGACCAGGGUCCCUGGCGAUUGGUCGUCAUACCACGUGCCGGUUGUGAGGGCCGGAGUUGGAUUGGAGGAGGCUCCGAAGACGACUUGUCGAGUGCACUGUCAGAUUCGGUUGCAGCAGCCGCCGCAGCAGAAGAGGAGGCUGGCUUUCCAUCACCGGCGAUGGACGAGGUGGUCGCAUUUGGCAGUCGAAAUGCGUGGAGAUCACUCUUGACUCAGAAUCACAUCUGGUAUCUACUGUCGCAAGGCUGCUCCCUGCAUGUGCUGCUGCUCAGCCAGUCGCCUGUGCGAGUCGUCACCAACCUGCUCAUUUUCGAGAACCGUGCCAAGGCGGCUGCGCUCUGUGCCUUGAACGGCUGGGAUGCGAAGCAGUUGCCAUUGCUCACUCUUUUCCUGGGAUUGCGCUUCAGAGAGCUGGAUGAGAUCCGACAAAGUCUGGGUCUCCUGCGGCCAGACCAGGAGAUGCAAGGUUGCCAGAUGGUCAUGGACUUCAUACAUUCAGGGUAUUCGUGCGCGACAAUGGUGCCGUCCUUCUCGCCGCCACAGCAGAGCGCCUCCCUUGAACCGAAGAUACUCACGGAACUCCCGGCCGUCGCUGACGUCCCGCAGCUGCCGUCGGAUCGUAGCUUCGUCUCCAGACUAUUGGAACAAGCCAUGCAGUUUGUCACUCGAUUGGUGCUGGCACUCAGCAUGUGGUGGGAAAGCCUGGCGAGGCUGGAAGUCCAGAUUGCGAGGGCCAGACCAUGUCGACCUCCUGAGCUUGUGAUGGAUCUGAGCAUAUCUGACGGCUUAGUGGCAGUGUUCCAACGGGGAUCCAUAUUCUAUAGCAUCAUCACGGAGGCCCUGGCCGACUGCGAUGCCGGCGGGCGACAGAAUGCGGUCGAGAACUUUGAUUUCUCCCGCGUCAGUUUUGCACAGCCGGUGGCAGAAGGAGAUCACUUCGAGGAUGCUUUCUAUCCGGAUUCGGGCUACGAUGACUUGGCUGAGGGUUCAGAUGCUGCAGGUGCAGACGGAGACUUAGAUCCGGCUUCAAACGGAUCUUGCUGUGGUCUUGAAGGCGAUGCUGCCCUGAGACUCUGUGCCAACAAGACAUCUCCGCUUACACCUGCUGGGAACCCGCCGCUCGCCUUGGCUGUGUCACAUGCGCCGAGAUGGCUUCGAAACGGAGCUUUAACUGCCGCUGUCAACGCAAUGUGGUGUGCUGAACGAGGAUAUCCUUUUAUCCUGGACCAGCGCAACGUGCACCCGUCGUCGGCCACAUCCCAGGUGAUCCCGCAUUGGCUUGAAAAAUGUCAGCAAGAGAGCAUUAAGUGGAUGCUGUGGCUGGACAGUGACACGAUCCUGGUGGGGCAAAAUGCCAGCCUUGACUUUGUCGCAGAUGUCCUAGCCAAGGUGGAUGACAGGAUCCAGAUCCUUCUGGUCACCCACAAUGCCUCUGACAUUCAGCAUGGCAUUGCCAGCGCUGCCAGCUUUGGCAUGAUCUUCAUACAAUGCAGCGAUUGGGCGAGGGCCCUGGUGGACAAGGUCAGGGAUGAUGGCUUCGAUCAGGGAACACCCGAUGAAGAAGUUUUCAGAGAGGCGUUUCUCUCUGACGCCUUGGAGGCAAGGCGGCACAUCAUCCAGCUGCCACCCCAGGCAACAAAUGCCAUGUCCCUCUUCUCCAUGGCUGAACCGCAGCCGGUGGUUCAUCUAGCAGAGCUUCCGUCGUCGAUCCGGAACCACACUUUCUCUGCUGCACUCCGAGCACAUUGUGACCGAAUGACAGGCUUAGGGUUGAACUUGAGUUCGUUGCAACAUGCCUACGAAAACAGCCUUUUCCUGGCCGCGAACAAAGACUUUCGAGAAGCCGGGACCUCUAGGUGGGCCUUUUUGCUGGCCAAGCGUCUCAGACUCCGAGGGCGGAUGCAAGAGGCGGAGGAUUUGCUGCGCUGGGCGGCCGACGGGCUCCAAGCAGAGCUGGGCGAGCACAAGCUCGACACGCUCUUCGGCAAAGUGGUCCUGGCGAAGUUCCUAGCAGAUCAGGAUCGGGUUUCUGAAGCUCGACCGCUCUUCCAAGAUGCAGUAACUGCUGGCCUCAAGUCUCUCGGGGCUCACAACCCGGUAAUGCUUGAUUGGCAGGAGCGCCUCGCUCUCCUGCUGCGGCGUGAGGGCCUUCAACAGGAGGCGGCAGGCAUGCUGCGGCAAGUCAUCCGUGGUCGCCGAAGAUGGCGGGAGGAGGCUCGAGUGAAGGCUGCGGCGCUGCAGCUGCACGAGAUACUCCUCCCAAGCUCGGGUCCGACUGCUCCAUCUCCUGAGCAGCUGAUCGAAGAGAUCAUGUCGAAUUUUCCUGAUGCGGCAGACAACGUUGCACGCCAAAGGCUCGUCAAGGCCAAUGAGAAGUCAUCCAAGCUCUCGGGUGAGGGGAAUCUCAACCAAGCGGAGUGGGUGCUCAAGCGUGCGCUUGAGAAGUCCACCCUGGUCCUGCCAGUUGCAGAUCCAGACUUGCUGGUCAGUCGCCUCAACUUAGGAGCCCUUCGGCAGCGGAUGGCCAAGCCGGAGGCCCUCUUGGACCUGGAGGAAGUCUUCCAGGCACAGGUGUCGAUGAUGGGACCGGACCACCCCGACACCCAGGCGACCAUCCAAGCCAUCAAUGGCCUGGAAGGAUGGCAAGGACAGUACAAUCUGCAUGCCCGGUACCAGGGAGCUCUUAGCAAGCUGGCAUCGGCCAACAAUCGCUUUGCAAAGCAGACAAAGGCGACGCAGAGCAAGAGCGAUAGAACGGUUCAAAGUUUUGAAGCGGCCAUACGCCGUGGCGAGCGCAAGCUGGGGAAGCAGAAUCAUGGGGUCUUAAAGGCCAAGUUCAACCUGGCAGUUGGCUGGGCGGUGCAGGACCGACAUGCCGAAGCAUUUGCGCUCUGGCGUGGGGUUUUGCAGGACCAGCUGCAGCACAUUGGCCCUUUCAGUUCUGACACGCUUGCCACACAGCGGCACAUCCUGAGCUGGAUCUACCAGGACGAGUGA